AUGCGGUUCCUCCGCACCAUAAUCACCCUCUCACUGGCUCUUCCUCUCGUCGCUGCGCAAAACUUCGUCCCGACGGGCGCCAACGGACAAUUUCCGGCGUGCGCCGCCUCGUGCGCGGUACUUGAACAGACGCAAAGCACUUGUUUGACACAAACAGGCCAGCAGACGACUGGCUUGGCCGCAGAGAACUGCUUUUGUCAAUCGGCGGCACUACAAGGUCUAUAUAGCACACCAGAUGCCCUGUGUGUCGCAGAAUGCCCCUCAUCUACUGAUCGCGCUGGACUACGGACAUGGUUCAUGAGUUUCUGCGCGCAGGUUGGCCAAGGUGUUGACCCGAAUGCCCAAACCACCUCGGCUACACCCACAGCGACGGCCACGGACUCGACAGGGACAAGUACACCCACUGCAAUCGAUGCGGGAAGCAGCUCUGGCAGCAAUUCCACAACUCAGAGCGCGUCUAACGGCAACGAGUCAUGGAUAUCGGGUCACUGGCAAUGGAUUGUGAUGAUUAUUGCUUUGGCCAUUGGACUUGGACUACUGGCGGCACUGCUGAUCUUUCUCAAGAAGCGCCACCGGCGCAAGGUGAACGAGCGCCGGGCACAAAUGGGAGGUUUCCCAACCGAACGUGAGAAAGCUGCUGGGGCAAGAGCUGCCACACCAGAUCUCUGGGGUCCGCAUCAGCAUAUGCACGCCUCGAAAGGCUGGGAAUACCAGGAGGGCGCGGGGCCUGGAGUGAUGGCAGCAGGCGCAGUGCCAGGAUCUCGUUCCGAAAAGGCCGACCGAGCAGGCCGUACUGAACGAAAACGUUCUCGCCGACGGUCUCUCAAACCUGGAUCGAGGACCAGGGACUCAAUGACAGAAAUCACAGAUGUUCAACGCCCACCAGCCUCAAGAGGACAAAGCUCCAAGGGAAAGCGUGUAGACGCGGACGCAAUCGAAGUCCAGAGGAAUCCUAGUCAAAGCAGAAGCAGGAGUCGCAAGCCUCCGAGAGGCGCCAAAUACGACUUUGAUAGGGAUGUUGAGAACCAAAAAGAAGCUGAUCUGGAGUUGAGUCCAGCCGUCUUCAAACGUACUGUACGCAAGAUGGUCAAUUGGCAAGACGACGAUUUCGUCCCUUCCAUCAAGGCUACGCAUCAUGCCCUCGAAAAGCCUGAGCUUGGCCCGAUCUUAGUGACUGGUCAGCGGCGAGCCCUGAUCGGGUGGACGCAUCAGCGUAACAACGCUAGCGGCUACAAUGACCGGCAGAGUCAGAUCUGGGGCUGGGUCACAGCCAGCAAUUCUUUUCACGUCUAUAUUUCCGAGGACAAUCGCGGCGAGGUUCGAGGCAUGAGGUAUGAUACUGGUCAUACGAACUUCAGCAGAAUUCGGAUGUUCCAUCCAUAUUGGUGUCAAGGUGGCAUUCCCAGAGAUCUCUACGGCCGAGACAAAGAACGAGUCAGAGCACUCUAUCGACAGCUGAUCGAGUCAGCCAUCGAUGAUGCGACGAACAACGAUACCGAUGAAGACCAAUCCGAUGGCGAUGAUGCCGAUGAUGCCGAUAAUGGCUCUGCAGACCAAGCUCGCGAUCAGCGUCGUGAGGCACGCCGUCAGCGCGCGUGGGAGCGUCAGCAAUCCAAGAGACAGGCUGAGGCGUACAAACAUCAGACCGGCGAAGGAAAUCGUGUGUCUCGAGAAGAGCGUAUCAGGUUGGAGGUUGAGAAUCGCAAGCGUCAGCAGCGCGAGGCCGACGAAGCUUACAACAAUCGCAACCAGAAUCGCAUAUCAAAGAAGAAGCAGUACACGAAUCGACGACGUCGAAACCAAGCAGGUCCUUCUACCACUCGAGCCAAUCUCACUCGCAAACGCAACACCAGUACUGAUCGGCAUCGUCAAAGCUCAUCUCCAAUCGCCACACCGUCCUCAUCUUCGUCCUCACCUAGACCGCGUCCAGUCCUGAAAACUCACCAAACCAUCGAAGUCAAUUCCGACGACGACGAUUAUGACUUCAGCGAGAACGAAGCCCCUGGCCCAAGCGGAUCUGCACCUCAGAGCUCCGGCUUUGACUUCGAAAUCAACGAAAGUGAUCACGAAGAUCUGGCUCAUGAAAACGUCAGCGGCAAUGGAGCUGUGAAUACUUCUGGCAACGAUGCGCCUCUUGAUGCAGAGGACCAACGACUGUUCGAGAACUUGCACAAUUUCACUCUCAACCAGGAUGCUCGUCCGAACACCAACGAUGACGGCGGUCUCUUCAUUCCCGAAUCACCUCCUAAAACGCCUGAGAGAGAUCUAGAUGCGUUCACUGACGGAGGACGUUCCCCAGUGCCAGUGGAAGAUAUGGAAGACGUCAUGAAUGAGGUUGAAGAUGCUCCAGCGGCCAACAGUGCCAGCAAUUCAGAGGAGAACAACGCAGUCAAAGUUGAGCAAGACGUGAAGCCCGAUCGCACUACCUUGGAUCAUGCAUUCAACAUUGACAUCGAUCCAUUCAACGACACCGAAGAUCUCGAUUUCAACUUGCUGGACGAGGAUGAAGACAUAUACAUUCUCCGUGAGCAGCCUGCGAGGGCGAGGGAGGAAGGACAUGGGGAGGAUAUCUUUGGGAAGUGGCUUCGGCGCAUGAAACCAAUCAGAGGUGAGGGUACUGAGGAUGAUCCGAUGGAGUUCGAUUGA